CCAUCGAUUCGAUGGGGGUUAUCAGAGGCCUCCGUCCCACCAAUGCACAUGUGCUGCUCCAAGAUCCCAGGCUGAGCUAUAUAAGAUCAAGUGGAACUAGCCAAGAGCAUCAGUUGAAUCCAAUCGAUUGCUUGCGCAUUUAGCAGCCCAAAGCCACAACAACCAGAAUCAAUAUGAAGUUCUUCUCAGUCGUUACCGUCUUCGUGCUCGGUCUGCUGGCUCUGGCCAACGCUGUUCCCCUGUCGCCCGAUCCAGGAAAUGUGGUGAUCAACGGCGACUGCAAAUACUGCAAUGUGCAUGGUGGAAAGUAGGAAAGCAAUCGCCUGAAACUCGAAGAUGGGCCAAAACUUACCUCAAAACCUAAAGACAAUAUUUAUACUCUCACUCUUGUACUAAAAUGAAAACUAGUAGUAAAAAACAUUGCCAAGUACAAAUAAAAUGAUGAAAAA